GUGCUGCAGUGUCUGCUGUUGAUGGAUGGUGUGCUGCUCUGGCUGUAGCUGCAGUGUACGGCGCUGGCUUCUGAAGGUAUAUCUCAGAUCUCUUGAUAUUUGGCAGACAGUUCACCUUGGAUGACCACCCUUCAUUUGAAGCUGAAAACCGAGCUGUUCUUCAGUCCAAAAGCGAUCCUUGCCAAGAUCUUGCCAUCUCUACAGACAGCUCAAUCAUUUCUCCCUCUCUGAAAGCCAAGGACCUUGGCAUUACACGGGAUGAGGAUCUGGCACAUGCACCGUGUUCUAGUCCAGGUAUACAAAACAAAUGUUCAGCACUCAUCAUCUACCACAGCCUGACUGCAAGCACAUUUGUCUUCAGCACUCCCCUAAAGUUCAGGUACGCCCUCUGCUCGAGUGUGUGUCGGUGUGGUCGGAGCGUGCUUGUGUGUUCAUGUGUGUUGGAAGCAGGUGGAUCACGGAUGCGUCUGCAAGCUCUUCAUCAAGCGUGCGUUUUGUGAGUCCGGAGCAUUCUGGAUAUAAUUCCGCCCCUGUGGAUACGGACACACAUUAGGACGACUGUCGUUAAACAUCCGUUUCAUCUGUUCUGGGAUUUUCCACUGAGGAGACAUUAAGACAGGGGAAUGUGGACGCAGGAGAGAACGUGUCUCCAUCUCCUGCACGAUUCCCUGUGAACCAGCAGCCUCCAUCCUAAAGAGCAGAGAAGCGUUUACUGCCCGUAACCGGUAGGAUGGUAGCAGGGGAAGUGAGUGGGCACAGCUUCCUGGUGGCAUGCUGGCAGCCCAUUCUAAUCUUAAUGCUGGGCACAGUGUUGUCUGGCUCUGCCACGGGCUGCCCAUCACGCUGCGAGUGCAAUGCUCAGGAGCGUUCUGUCUUGUGCCACCGCAAGAAGCUGAUGUCCGUUCCAGAGGGAAUCCCAUCUGAAACACGACUGCUGGACCUCAGCAAGAAUCGAAUCAAAACCAUCAACCCAGAUGAGUUCUCCACCUUCCCGCAGCUGGAAGAGCUGGAGCUCAAUGAAAACACCAUCUCGACCAUCGAGCCAGGGGCCUUUAACAACCUCUAUGGCCUGCAGACUCUGGGACUGCGCAGCAACAAGCUGAAGCUCAUCCAGCUAGGAGUGUUCACGGGCCUCAGUAACCUAACAAAGCUGGACAUCAGUGAAAAUAAGAUUGUAAUUCUGCUGGACUACAUGUUCCAGGACCUCUACAACUUGCGCUCUCUGGAGGUUGGGGAUAAUGACCUUGUCUUCAUAUCCCACAGGGCGUUUCACGGCCUCAGCAGCCUGGAGCAGCUCACGCUCGAAAAGUGCAACCUGACCUCUGUCCCGACAGAGGCCUUCACGCACCUGCACAGCUUGGUCAUGCUACGCUUGCGAAACCUCAACAUCAACAGCAUCAGAGACUACAGCUUCAAGCGGCUCUACCGUCUCAAAGUGCUGGAGAUCGCCAACUGGCCCUACUUGGAUACCAUGACCACCAACUGCUUGUACGGAUUGAAUCUUACCUCCCUAACGAUCACUAACGCAAACUUAACAUCAAUUCCGUAUUUGGCCUUGCGGCACCUGGUUUAUCUUCGUUUCCUAAACAUGUCCUACAAUCCCAUCCAGCUGAUUGAAGGCAACCGGCUCCAUGACCUGCUCAGACUGCAAGAGUUCCACUUGGUGGGCGGUCGACUGACGAUGAUUGAACCCUAUUCCUUUAGAGGACUGAACUACCUGAAAGUCCUCAAUGUGUCCAGCAACUCCCUUACCACCCUGGAGGAGUCUGUGUUCCAUUCGGUGGGGAACCUGGAGACCCUCGCGUUGUACGACAACCCACUGGCUUGUGACUGCCGUCUGCUUUGGGUUUUCCGACGCCGCUGGAGGCUCAACUUCAACCGCCAGCAGCCAACUUGCUCCUCACCCGAGUUCGUUCAGGGAAAAGAGUUCAAGGACUUCCCUGACGUUCUGCAACCCAAUUACUUCACGUGUCGCAAGUCUAGGAUUCGAGACCGGAAACCCCAGCAGAAGUUCGUUGACGAAGGCACCACCGUCCACUUCGUCUGCCAAGCAGAUGGAGACCCGACACCCGUCAUCAUGUGGCUUUCCCCACAAAAACAGUUCAUCACCACGAAAACGAUAGGACGGCUCACUGUUUUCCCAGAUGGCACCUUAGAGGUGCGCUACGCUCAGAUUCAGGACAAUGGGACAUAUGUGUGCAUUGCUAGCAAUGCCGGUGGAAACGACACCGCUUUGGCCCACUUACACGUCCACAGUUACUCGCCAGACUGGCCCAACCAACCCAACAAAACCUUGGCGUUUAUCUCCAACCAACCCAACGACAACGGAGCCAAUGGAACAAGAGCAACAGUCCCGUUCCCGUUUGAUAUAAAGACGCUAAUCAUCGCCACUACCAUGGGCUUCAUCUCCUUUUUGGGUGUGGUUCUGUUCUGCCUUGUUCUGCUCUUUCUUUGGAGCAGAGGCAAAGGCAACAGCAAACACAACAUUGAGAUAGAGUAUGUCCCGCGCAAAUCGGACGCUGGGAUGAGCAGCAGCGGCGCCGAUGCCCCUCGGAAAUUUAACAUGAAAAUGAUAUAAUCCAGCCAGGGAGCUCAAAAGACCCUUUCAAAAACAGACUCGUAAAGACAAAAAUAAGAGAUUCCCUGCCUGAACAACCUCUGGCUCUGACGAGCUCCCCAUAGAGGAGGGGUGUUCUUCCCCCUUUCUAAAGAUGGAUGUGCGGCGCAGGGGUCGGUGCUUUUGUUCAAUAUUGAACAUGGGAGGGGGAAAAUGUCCUCAUGCGCACUCCUCUGUGAUGGCCGCUUAAAGUCAGCCUACGGGGACCAAUAUCUUUGAGAGAGGAUUUUGUUUUAAAACACUUCAGUUCCUGUGGAUUUUUAUGGGCAAAAAAAAAACAUUGGAAAAAAAGGAAAAACCGAACCUCCAAACUGUUUUGUGUCGACCUCCAGAAUGCAAAGGCAGAGCAUCCUUCUCCCUGCUGUCCUGCUGCCUGCAUCCUUUUUGUUUGUUUAUUUGUUUAGCCCAUUCUUUUCUUGUUUUCUACUUACAUGAAUAGUUUUAUGACAGAAUAACAGUAGAUCAAUCAGGGGUGAAAAGCACAUUUAACAAACCUAACAGCUGCCCAAAUUCAUCUUCUACAUUGUGACAGAAUGUGGAAUAUAAUAGAUUGGCUUUUCUAUUCUUGCCAUAGAGAAAUAUGUGUAUAGUGCAACUUUCACAGCACAUUUCUUUCUUUGUAUGUGUACUCUGCUAUUUGGUUCUCAUUUUGCUUUCGGAUCUGUAUUUUAAUGCAUUUGUUGGAUAAGCCGAGGGAAUUUUAUGACUCAAGCAUCUGGAUAAACAAGUACAGGUUGUUUAUUGUUGGAUUAAUGGCUAGGCAAGUGAAAGCAGCGGUAAUUAUGUGACUUUUGUUGUGUGUUUUGCUUUAUGUAGAAAUGAUCACUGUAGCCUGCAGUGAGCAUUUCUGUAGUGCCUGGUCAGGUUUAAACCCAUUUAAUGGCACUGCAGCAUCACAUUUUUAUAUAACAAACCCAUUCCAAGUUUUAUUCGCCUGAGAAGCUACACCAAGAAUGUAUAGCUCUAUCUCAGAGUGUGUAAGUGUGAAAGCGAGCGAGUUCCUAACAGAAUCACUCAUUUCAUCAAAAGGUGAGAGUGUUAAUAUGCUUGACAGCACUCAAUCACCUUCACCUGCGGCUGCCAUUGGGUCUCACACCUGUCUCAUGCUCUCAGAUUAGUCUCAUGGGUCUUACACCUGUCUUACGGUCUCGCACCUGUCUAACAGUCUUAGAUCAAUUUUUCUUUACAUUAUAUGAAGCGUCAGUACCCAAAGAAACUGUUUUAAAGUUACCCAGCACAUCUAAGGACUCAUGCACAAGUGGAAUUCACUAAGAAUGAGCGCUCUAGGAUAACGUUGUUUCGCAGGAGGUAAUAGCACAGUGUUUGUGAAUAAAAAAAGUGUAAGUAAACUGAAAGUAGGCAGGUUUUACGCUGAAAAGAGGGCACAGUUGCGCCGUGCUUGAUAGAGACCGGUUAAAAUGGACUGGUUAGUGAGUAUGAAGCAGGUUUUUGUGCUGAAAUUCAACGGUUAAAUGAAUGCGCUCCACAGUCCAGCUGUGUUUUAAGUGUGCGUUUAAUCUGGGCCAAGCAGGGCAGGUGAUUUCCGUGGAAGGACACUGAGCUGUGUUUAUGCACUGGAUUUUGCUCGGGUGUAGAUGGGUUUCGCCUCACUAAGUGGUUUGUACUGCUGAGGCUGCAGAUGGAGAAGCUGCACAGAUGGUUUAACCCUUACUGAUCCACUUUAGCGUUAAUCUGACACAUGCACACACACACACACACAUCUGAAUCUUUCUCUGAUCCUCUGCCUCUGUGGUCUACCUGAUGUUUUCAUCCUAUUAUGUCGAAUAAAUCUUUAUAUGACCUCUGCCCUCUCCGACAUUCAGCCCAGGAUGAUAAUGUGCAUUAAUGUGGUCCAUUAUAUUCUUUUAUACUAAAGAAAAAACGGAAACCUAAAAAGGUGAAAAAAUCUAGUAUGAAAAAUGUUUAAAUUGUUCUGUGCAAUAAAGGUAAUAUGCAUUUUGUUUUGUUUUUUGUUUUUUUAAUUAACACAAUUUUAUUGAUGUUGAAUUGUUGAAAAUAUGGUAUGUUGUAUUAAACAAUCU